CUGACUUGUUUGUGGUAGUGUUUCUGCGGGUGGUGGACGCGGUGGACAGUAGCCGGAUAGAAAUUUGUAAAGAUGGCAUCGGCAACAGCAACCUAUGGGCAGAAGGAGUCUUCAGACCAAAACUUUGAUUAUAUGUUCAAGAUCCUCAUCAUCGGAAACAGCAGCGUGGGCAAAACCUCCUUCUUGUUCCGCUACGCCGACGACUCCUUCACACCGGCGUUUGUCAGCACAGUGGGCAUCGACUUCAAGGUGAAGACCAUCUACAGGAACGACAAGAGGAUCAAACUACAGAUCUGGGACACGGCGGGUCAGGAACGUUACCGCACUAUCACCACCGCGUACUACCGAGGAGCCAUGGGCUUCAUCCUCAUGUACGACAUCACCAAUGAGGAUUCCUUCAACGCUGUCCAGGACUGGUCCACUCAGAUUAAGACGUACUCGUGGGACAACGCUCAGGUGCUGCUGGUGGGAAACAAGUGUGACAUGGACGACGAGCGGAUGGUGAGCGCAGACAGAGGCCGGCAGCUGUCUGAACACCUCGGCUUUCAGUUUUUCGAGGCCAGUGCCAAGGACAACGUCAACGUGAAGCAGACCUUCGAGCGCCUGGUCGACAUCAUCUGUGAAAAGAUGUCCGAGAGCCUGGACGCUGGGGAUCCGGCUGUCACAGGGGCCAAACAGGGGCCCCAACUGACAGAGCAGCCCGCUCCACCACACCAGGACUGUGCAUGUUAAAGCUGACUACUCCCUCAAAACCCUUUUUCCUUCACCCUCUCUUCCUCUUCUUCUUCUUCUUCUUCUUCUUCUCCUCCUUCUUCAGCUGGAUCUUAAGGCCCCCAGAUCUAUACUCCAUCAAACCGUUUUCACUUCCUUUCCUGCUUUUCUGUAACUCAGUUAAGGAUCAUUGAAUGAUGGUCAAGAGAAUCGGGUUGAAAAAUGUCUGAAAUGCUCUGAGAUUCUCGUGGACCGGUGCGUGACAUGUGUUUGCCUGUGGUUCCUCCGCAUUAAGAGCUUAAAUUUGUCUGUUGUUUUGAUCUGAUGCCAAAGCAAGUCCAGUUAAGUGUCUCAGACUCUUUGCAACCUGUGUUCUUCCUCAAGUUUUCCCGUUCCACCGCCCUGUUGUCUGCCUGUUCCUCGGUGUGGCUUUACAAGAAGGAUUUGACGGCGUCCGUCCUCAGAGUGCCAUUUAAAUCCUUCCAAUGUUUACAGUGCUUUGUUUCAUGUCAGUCAACCGUUUUGAGAAGAUGUCAGUCUCGGUUUUAGUGACCAUAAAGGUUGCAGGGGAGUUAAGUGGGUGGUUUGAUUCAGCUGAAAACUGUUCCUUACUGAUGUGUUUUUGUUUCUUUUAAGAUUCUACAGAAUCUAUAGAAAUCAAAUGCAUACAUGGGGUUUCUUUUUGUUGACUCACCUGGUAUCUUCACAUAGAUGCUGCCGGUGUUAUAGUUGUGUGUGUGUUUUUUUUAUUAUUCAUCUUUCCAUUUGACCUUUUUUUAUUUUAUUUUUUACAAUUCUUCAGCAAACCUUUUUGUAGUUUGAUGCCCCAUUUAUUCUUUUCUUACAUGAAACACCAGGUGGGGAGAAAUACGAACAACAUAUAGCUAGGUUAAAAUUGUAAAAAAAAGAAAAGAAAAAAGAAAAAUGAAGAGACAAGUUUUAUUUAAUUAUAUUUAUUUCAAAUGUACAUUUAAAUGUUGUGCAAUACAUAUAUAUAUAUAGUAUCUACAGGUAUGCAUUUCUGGAAAUGAAUUUUAAAAGGUAUGAACUUCAAUGAGGAUAGCAUCAAAUAUAAAAAAAGGUAUCUGUUGUUUGGAAGAUGUGUGUGGGUUGUGUGUUAUUUUCCUGUUGGUUUGAGCUCAUGCUGCUUCCCAGUCAUGUUGUCACAAGUCAGACAUUCAAAAUCCCCACUAAGAAACAGUGUGAUGGAUGAGUGUAAAAUGACAAGGUCAGAAAGUUAGUAACACCGUUGUCAACCGCCCACCCCCCCGUGAUAUUCCACGUGUGAUAUCCCAGCCGUGUUUCUGAUGAAAUAUUAGAGGAAGGUGCUUUUUGCAAUUGAUGUCAUUUUGGCCCAAGUGUCGUGAAGCUGGUGUAAGGUGUCAUCUAGGUGUCAUCUAGGUGUCAUCUAGGUUUAGCAAUACAAUUGUAACUAGGAUGAUAAAAAAUGUUGGUGUGAGGAUAUAUCUGAAAAUCACUCGAUGCAACACAGUUCAGCUGCACCUGCUAACAGUGUUCAUGGUGAUGUUACAGUGUUUAUGUGAGGCAGGGAAAAGAAUUUGAUCAAAUAUCAAAAUUACCUUUAACAUUUGUCAUUCAGGGAUUGUAAUGUUUUCAAAAACGUGGAAAUGGGCUUGAGGGAGAGAAUGCAAACGGGUCAUUUGUAUGGUAUUUAUCCUUUAUGUGAAAGACCAUUGGGCUACUACGAUGUGCAGAUGUGAUUUCAAUAUUAAAUCCACCACAACAAUAGCAGUUUCUUUCUAAAUGAAUUCAAUUAAAAACCAGAACCACUCUGAUCAACAACUGCAUCUGUUACUAUUUUAAGAUCUAUUCGCCCACAUUUACUUUCGAUGUCAUCUAUCUAGUCUGGACGUCAUGUAAUAUCAGUAUUACAGAGCAGCUUCACUGGAUGCCAUUGGCUUCUUGUGUGUGUUUGUGUGUAUAAAUGGAGAGGAAAAAAAAAAAGCAUGUGGUGGCUGACUGUUCACAGACCUGACAACUGCUGAGUGUCCACCACACACUUGUUCUUAAUCAAUACAGGUGUUAAAGGUUCUGCUCUAAGGUUGCCGUGGUUCUGACAACAAAGCAAACUCUGGACAUGCAUCGCCCUGCUUCCUUCAGAAACUGUUUAAAUGGUUCCCAUGGCUUCUUCACACAGGACUGCCAUGUAUUUCUGCAUUUCACGUCACCAAAGAUUGCCGUAGAAGCAACUCACUGUGCUGUUUGGACACUGGACCAGUUUUAAAUCUGUAAUACUGAAAUGAACACUUUGAAGCAAUCUUAAAUUUUGUAGUAAAAUCAGUGAUCAGUGAAGAAAAAAAAAGGAAUUCUCUUAUGGAUUAAGAGGGAAAACGCUACUAACGUUACUAAUUCAGCGAUUUAUUCGAAGAGUAAAGCAAAUCUGGUCAAACGGUCAAAUAACUUUUGCAAUAGUUAACUGUCAAGAAUAAAAUACAUAUGAACCACUGGCUUUUAAAGUUGAGUUAAAAUGAGGCCUCAGUCAAAGUACUGACACAGGAAGUGAUGAUUUGGGGAAAAAUGAUAACAACAAACCCGGUCAAUGACUUUUUUUCUGCAUUUAUUUGACUUCUGACUGGUUGUGACUGAAACUGUUCACCAAUGAAAUAUGUCUUCCUCUACAUAAACCAGAUCUGUAAAUAUUGUAUCUCAGAGUUGUGUGUGUGUGUGUGUGGAUUGUGUUGUAUCAACUCAGGCUUGCAGCGACAACAGCAACAAUAAACAGAGAAAGAAGUGAUUAAAAACCUCAAAAGAGCCAUGCUGGACUGCAUCUGCGUUCAUUUCCCGGGCCUGCUUGUGAAUGAAUGUGUCAAAGCAAUACACGAUAUACACAAAAAGAAAUGUCAUCAAAGCUCGGUAGAUGUUGCUGCCUUUAGAUCUGCUACUACAUGAAACGUCUAACUUUACUUGGUCUCACAUCACUGCCUCUUUAAAUCCUCCCCGGUUUUAGUCAUUAAGAUGAGAGAAUAAUGCUGUGGAUGUUUUUAUCUAUACUUUGUGGUAAAACAAAAAUAAUAAAAAGAAAAGUUGCUAACAAUCA